CCCGUCCCAAUUCUUAUUCCCUCACAGCAUUCCUAUCAUUCCCGAUUCUCUCCCUCUAGAUUUCAAACCCUAAUUCCUCUAAAAGCUCUUCCGAUGGCGCCCAAGGCAGAGAAGAAGCCAGCAGAGAAGAAGCCGGCGGAGGAGAAGAAGACAGCGGCGGCCGAGAAGGCCCCGGCGGAGAAGAAGCCCAAGGCCGGGAAGAAGCUCCCCAAGGACGCCUCGGCCGCGGCCGGGGACAAGAAGAAGAAGAGGACGAAGAAGAGCGUGGAGACGUACAAGAUCUACAUCUUCAAGGUCCUGAAGCAGGUGCACCCCGACAUCGGGAUCUCGAGCAAGGCCAUGGGGAUCAUGAACAGCUUCAUCAACGAUAUCUUUGAGAAGCUCGCCCAGGAGGCGUCGAGGCUGGCGAGGUACAACAAGAAGCCGACGAUUACGUCCAGGGAGAUUCAGACCGCCGUGAGGCUUGUGCUGCCCGGGGAGCUGGCGAAGCAUGCGGUUUCGGAGGGGACUAAGGCGGUGACUAAGUUUACGAGCUCUUGAAUAUGGUGUUUGGUUGUCUAGGGUUAGGGUUUAAAUGGUAGUAGUUGGCUAGUAGCGUGAGAAAGUGCAUUAUGUUUUUAAAUUUCUCGUUAAUUUGGGUUGGCUGGAUCCAGUUGUCUAGUGUUUGGUUAUAUGGAAUACAAUCGGAUGGUUUCUGUUCAA